GGAGAGGUUGACGGACGUGCCUAGCUGCGCUGCCAAUCCGGCCUGAUACGGGUGCUCCGCGGACCGCUGCGGCGCGAGCGCACGCCCGGGCAGCGCUGGCUACGGCGGUGGCAGCGAUGGCGGACGACGCGGGCAGCCGAAGGGGCAGCGCCGUGACGAGCGCGUCGCGGCGGAGCUCGCGCCGCCGCAGCAGCGCGUCGGUCGUGCUCGGCCUCCUCACGGGCCGGCGCCGGUCGUCCCAGCUCGCGCAGAUACGACCGGAGCUCGUGGAAGCGACGGUCGCGGGCGUGGCCCUGCGCCUGAGCGCGAACCAGCCCGUCGACGACGGCGAUUUGGACAGCCUGCCCCAGCACGACGUCGUCCAGAAGCUCUGCGCGACGCUCGACGACGCCUUCGCGGCGCUGGGCCACUACUCGGACCAGGACGGCUACGCGCCCUUCGCCCGCCUCACACCAACUAAUAGGGGCCUGAAGCGGUUCCUCGAGCGAUACGACCGCUUGAGCCCGGACGAGUGGACGGAGCAGGAGGCGCAGGCCGUCGAGUACGCGGCGCGGGCGGUGGCGGUCGCGGCGCGCGCGGAAGCCAGGCGGGUCCAGCGCGAGCCGGGCCCGGCGCUGGCGGAGUUGCGGCGACGGUUCCGCGAGGGGCCCCUCGCGCACCUCGAACGAAGCGUCCAGCACGCGCGGACGAUGGCGUCGAUCGCCGACGGGUCUAUUACGUCCAACGACGACGCUCGGGACCGCUGGGACGACGUCGCGGCGCGACUAGGUGCUGUGGCAGCUAGAUUGCGGAUGAUCCGCUGCCAGAGGCAACUCAAGGCCCAGCAGACUUUGAGGGAUGACCUCGCGGCCACGUCGAAGCGGGCCGCGUUGGCAAGGAAGCGGCUGAAGCCGCUGGCCGACGCCAUCGCCAAACGGAGUAACGGCGUCGUGUCCAUCCCGCCCAGCAAAAGUUUAUGGAGGAUGGCGACGCUCGCGGGAUGCGCGGAAGCGUCGCUCGACAGUGAUGAUGCGCCCUACGAGGCGCCGACGGGCGAGGACGGCGGCGAGACUGAUGAGGUCCCGCCGCACUCGCUGCGCGUGCGGCGACGGGCGGCGGGGUCCCAAGACGGUCAGGCGACGCUCGCGGACUUGGCCCGGGACCCGGGCUUUCGUUUAUGUUCCCUGCCGGACGUCGCGCGGGCUCGGGUGACCGUGGCGACGCCGUCCCAGCUGUCGCGCGCCAUCUUGGCGCUGGAAGAGUGUGAUGUUGCGUCCGUCGUGGAAGGGUCGGACGCGGCGAAGAACCGGGUGGAAUUAGUGGACUGCGUCGACUGCUUAUUUGGGGAGUCCACAACCCCGGGCACCGUCUUCUUCCACUUCCGCUUCGUGGACGACGAUGGGGCCACGGCCUUUGUGUGCGAAUUACAAUUGUGCCUAGGCCAGCUCGUCACGGACGACUGGCGCGCGACGGCAGCCUUCGAUGCCUAUCGCAGCGCGCGCGAAUUUUUAGUAGCGACGGGCAAGGGCGACCUCGUCGAUGCCGUCGAAAGCGAAGAGCGCAAGACUGCGGCGACGUCUGAGGCGCCGGCGCCCGCGCCCUACCCGGAAGCCCCUGCCCCUCGGCGCUCGCUGUUCCGCUUCUCGCGGGGCUCGCGCGACUCCGCUCCCCGGCGCCGUUCCUCCGUGCUGAAUGCAGUUGCCGCGGCGCUCGGGCGCAGAGGUUCCGUCCAGCCUCAGGAGGACUCCGACGACGACGACGAGCCCGUCCUCGAGGCCGAGGCGCCCCCGGCGCCGUGAUUUAUCCCCUGUUCGAUCCGCCUUCCUUUAUUUCCUGUUGUAAGACACAGUA